AACAACCUCAAUCCAAUAGAAUAAUUCUCGUACACAAUUAUAUAUGCUAUCCAACACGACUUAUACGAUUGAAGGUGUACUUUAUCGGUGUGUUCUGGUAAACUUUGAACAGAAGUGCAUUUAAACAUGUCAAACUCGGCAAGAUGAGGUUACGAUAUUCGGUUUUAUUUUUACUUUGUCUCUUGUGGGAUUUACGAAUAUGUUCGGGAACCAUGUCAGUAAAUAAUACCACAGACUUCCAGCAAGAGUACAGACCCGAAGGUCCAUUGGUAAUGUGCAAAUUUCUGCCAAAAGAAUUUAUAGAAUGUGAAGAGCCGAUUGAUCAUAAAGGUAAUAAAACUGCCAAAGAUGAAACUGGAUUUGGUUGUGUAAAGUUUGGAGGUUCCAAGUAUGAGGAUGUUGAAAAAACUAAAGUGUCAUGUACUGUAUUACCUUAUAUUGAGUGUUAUGGACCCAGGACAUUUAAUCGGGAAGGAGUUCCUUGUAUAAAAUAUAGUGAUCAUUAUUUUACUACUACUUUACUAUAUAGUAUUCUGUUAGGUUUCUUGGGUAUGGAUCGGUUUUGUUUAGGACAAACUGGUACUGCUGUUGGCAAAUUAUUGACAUUGGGAGGAGUAGGUGUAUGGUGGGUUUUUGAUGUAAUUCUGUUAGUCACAGGUUCUUUACAACCUGAAGAUGGCAGUAAUUGGAAUCCUUACGUAUAACAUACCAAACAGAAGAAACAAAUUCCAAAUCUGUAAAAUAAAAUCAAGUGUUUUGUAUGCUAUCCUUUUUAAAUAAAUAUUCAAUAAUUUCGAAUUUA